CGAGUCUGUGCGCGUCCCGGCCCCCGCAGCCUUCGCAGCCUCCGCAGCCAUCGCCAUGGUGCCCGUGCCCGUCAUGUCCUCGAGCGUGCUCUCGCUGUGCCGCUGCGUGCCGGCCGUGCCCACCGCGCCCCGCCCCGCCUGGGCGUCCUGCAGCAGACUGUACCACUGCCGGGCGGGAGUGCACGGCUACAGGCCGCGACCCCACCAGCCGUUUCAACUGGACGGGAAGAAAGUGGAGGCCCGCAUCAAGCAGAGCAACUUCUACCGGCUGGUGGAGGCCUUCCGCGCGCACGGACACAAGGCCGCCGCCACCAACCCGUACCGCCUUGCCGCCCCUCCGGCUGUCCCGGAACUGGAGCCCGCUCGGUAUGGCCUCCGCCCCGAUGACGCCGUCCUCGCUGACGGCAUCCUGGACGCGCCGUGCUCCAGCGUGGGCCAGGCCGUGGCCUUCCUGCAGGAGGCGUACUGCGGCGCCAUAUCCACAGACACCUCAUACCUCGAGGACGAAGAGCGAGAGUGGCUGGCGUCGCGCCUGGAGCACCUCAUCUCGGAGAAGGUGGCCGACGAGCAGGCGCGCGCCGUGUCCGAGGCCAUGCUGCGCUCGCAGGCCUUCGACAACUUCCUCGCCACCAAGUUCGUCACCUUCAAGCGCUACGGCUGCGAGGGUGCCGAGGCCAUGAUGGCCUUCUUCCUGCAGCUCCUCGACUCGGCCGCCGAAGGUGGCCUGCAGCAGCUCGUGGUGGGCAUGCCGCACCGAGGCCGGCUUAACCUGCUGACGGGGCCGCUGCUCAUGGACCCCCGCAUCCUCUUCCGGAAGCUCAAGGGACUCAGUGAGUUCCCCGACUCCGCCAAGGCCACGGGGGACGUCACUAGCCAUCUCAUCAGCUCGGUGGACCUGCCGGUGAAGGGCGGCGCCUCCAUGCACGUCACCGUCCUCUACAACCCCUCGCACCUCGAGGCCGUGAACCCCGUCUCCAUGGGCAAGACGCGCGCCCGGCAGCAGUCCCUCGGCGACGGACACUACGCGUUGGCGGAGGUGCGGCGCUGGGGCGACAAAGUGCUCAAUCUACAGAUCCACGGAGACGCCGCGCUCCCCGGCCAGGGCAUCAACCAGGAGACGCUGGCCCUGAGCCGCCUGCCGCACUUCGAGGUUGGCGGCUCGGUGCACCUGGUGGUCAACAACCAGGUCGGCUUCACCACGCCCAGCGAGCGCGGCAGUUCCUCCCGCUACGGCACGGACCUGGCCAAGGCGGUCGGCGCCCCGGUGCUUCACGUCAGCGGGCUGCACCCCGAGAUGGUCGUCAAGGCCGCGCGCAUCGCCGUGGAGUACCAGCGCCACUUCCGCAAGGACAUUUUUGUCAACAUGAACUGCUUCCGUCGCUGGGGCCACAACGAGGUGGACGACCCCACGUUCACGAACCCCAUGCUGUACCAGAAGAUCCACGCCGGCAGGAGCGUCCCGGACACGUACGCCGCGGAGCUCGAGCAGAGAGGCGUGCUGCAGCGCGAGGAGGCGGAGAAGACCGUCUCGGCGCACACGGCGUGGCUCAACGACCAGCUGCGCGGCGUCGAGGACUUCGUGCCCAAACCCUCCUACUUCCAGAGGCAGUGGACGUCGCUGCGGCAGCCCGAGGCCGCCGUCACCGCGUGGGACACGGGCGUGGACGUGCAGCUGCUGCGCCACAUCGCCAACAAGUCCGUCGCCUACCCGGAGGGCUUCAACGUGCACCCCCACCUGCAGAAGACCCACGUGGCCGCCAGGCUGCGGCGCGCGGAGGACGGCACCGCCAUCGACUGGUCCACCGCAGAGGCCAUGGCCUUCGGCUCGCUCCUCGCUCAGGGCUUCGACGUGAGGCUCAGCGGGCAGGACGUUGGCCGCGCCACCUUCUCGCACAGGCACGCCAUGCUCGUCGACCAGGCCACCAACGACAUCUACAUCCCCCUGAACGCGCUGCAGGAGGACCAGAAGGCCUUCCUUGAGGUGGUCAACAGCCCCCUGUCCGAGGAGGCCGUCCUGGGCUUCGAGUACGGCGUCAGCAUCGAGAGCCCCAAGCGGCUCGUCAUCUGGGAGGCGCAAUUCGGGGACUUCUUCAACGGCGCACAGAUCAUCAUCGACACCUUCGUCACCAGCGGGGAGACCAAGUGGAUGCAGUGCUCGGGCCUGACGAUGCUGCUGCCGCACGGCUACGACGGCAUGGGGCCGGAGCACAGCUCAUGUCGCCUCGAGCGCUUCCUCCAGAUGACGGACUCCAGCGAGACCAAGCCGGACGGCGAGGACGUCAACUUCCAGGUGGCCAACCCCACCACGAGCGCGCAGUACUUCCACUUGCUCCGGCGCCAGAUGCUGAGGGGAUGGAGGAAGCCGCUGGUCGUCGUGGCCCCCAAAAUAAUGAUCCGCAUGUCCGAAGCGGCCUCUAGCCUCGUCGACAUGGGGCCUUCCACAACGUUCAAGCAGGUCAUCGGUGAUGUCGAGGUUGACGCGCUGGCGGUGGAGAGGGUGGUACUGGUUUCGGGCAAGCACUACCACGCCCUGGCCGCCAAGCGGCUCGAGCUGGGCCGCAAGGACGUGGCCCUGGUCCGCGUCGAGGAGCUCUGUCCCUUCCCCGUGCACCACCUGCAGCAGGAGCUGGCCCGGUACAAGAAGGCAAAGCACUUUAUAUGGAGCCAAGAAGAGCCGCGUAAUAUGGGCGCUUGGACCUUCGUCAAGCCUCGAAUGGAGAACAUGCUGGGACGAAAGAUUUUCUACACGGGAAGAAAGGCAAUGGCGACGCCUGCGGUCGGAGUUGGUCUCGUUCAUCAACAAGAGGCAAGAACAGUUAUUGAAGAGCCAUUCACAAUCAGUCUGUGAGAAAUGUGCAUGAUGUGUGAAGCUGAAUUAGGUCAACAAAGUUCAAAAGAAUACAUUAUUUAGUCAGAGCAUUUCCAUACGAUA